AUGGCAAACUACAUCCUCACUGAGCCCUCCCCUUCCACAAAUGUCUUCGUACGUUCCGGUCGAGGCGGUUACGGCAACAUCUCUCGUGCCUCAAAGCAAACAACUUCAACAACAUCCCGCACCGUCGUUACCCCCAGCACAACUACCACUACAACAGUCUCUCCCCCACGCCGCUUUUUCAGCGGCAUCGGAGGAGCAGGCAACGUCCACCGCGCCAGCGAGCAGCCCUCGGUAUCUCUCGACGACGAGUACGACCGUAUCGCUGCUCGUGAUCAAAUGGCCGCCGGACACGUCGGCAUCGGCGGCGCUGGCAACGUGUUCCACCGCAAGGAGAGCGAUGCUGGAUCCGAUAUUAGCUCCAGCAGCUCUCUGAGCUCAAAGACGAAGCUGUGGGCUCGCGUGAGCAGCACUUUUAGCAGGGACUAA